CAAGAGUCCUUGUGUUCGACUCAGCCAAUGUAGUACCUAAUUGACGUCAGACGUAAUAUUUCAUCAUUUCCAUGUUAUCACCUCGUCUACUAAUUUAACUUCCAAUAUAUAUAUUCGGUCACUUGCUGUAACUUCAGCAAACAAAGUCUGUAUUUAAGAACAAUUUUUUUGACGAUCAAUAUCAUUUACGUAGUAUCUUCCCAACAAUCUCCACCGAAGAUGAUCGCUUUGAGACUCUUUAUUCUUGCGUCAACUAUAGCAAUGUUGACAGCUCAAGAAGCCAGCUCACCUCCCCCAGCUCAUAUAAUCACCGAAAAGACAAUCGUUAGACAAAAUGGCUAUGACUUUGAGUUUCAGACGAGUGACGGCGUGUCACGUAAGGAGGAAGCAGAGCUAAUCACUGUGGGAGAUCACCAGGGCAUCGGAGUGAAAGGCUCGUACUCGUAUUUAGCUCCCGAUGGGCAACAAUAUCUCGUCUCUUACACAGCCGAUGAUAAGGGCUUUAAGCCACAAAUUCGUAUCGGUUCCUCCAGCGAUCAAUAAAUAUAUUAUAUAGUA